GCCCAAAGAAGCUGGCAGGAAUACUCGGGCAGAGCACAGUUCCUAGGCUUGGAUCUGUGUUGCCCCUAUCCACGUAUGCCAUAAAAUGCGCUAGGAAUAAAAUUCACUGUGGUGUCAUACCGGCCACCGUACUGGGGUUUACGGCAGCCCGGAAAGGCCAAAAUCCCGCGCUUUGCCGAUUUCCGUUCUUUCCUCAGAAUGAGGUAAGAUCUAAGAGGUACAAAAUUGGGUUGGAGGUAGUGGCUUCGGCUGCAGUGAAGGAACUAAAAGACAUCCUUUGGGAGAUGAUGAGUGGACCUACCAUGCAAGAGGAGCAAGGCAGGGGCUGAAGACAUUGAAGGGCGCGCAGUGUCAGGUGGAAGAAAAGCUCGUUCCUCUCCAGUCAUGAGCGGUCUAGUGAGAACAGAGCUGCUGCACGGGGAGCCACCUCUGCGGGUGCCUGGCGACCCCUACUCCGUUGUGGUUCUACUGCAGGGCUACGCAGAACCCGAGGGGGUUGGUGACACUGUUCGCGCCGAUGGCUCUGUGACCCUUGUCCUGCCCCGGGCCGGGGGCCAGGUCAGCCACCGACAGCCCCCACCCGAGGGCGGCAAGGCGAAGACCACGCUGGAGGAGGCAGCCCGUGGCCCCAUCCUCGUCGACACUGGAGGCCCCUGGUCUCGGGAGGCGCUCCUCGGGGCCCUGGCAGGGCAGGGCGUGGCCCCCGCAGACGUGACUUUGGUGGUGGGGACCCACGGACACUCGGAUCAUAUCGGGAACCUGGGGCUGUUUCCAGGAGCAGCUCUGUUGGUCUCGCACGACUUCUGCCUUCCCAGGGGCCGCUACCUCCCCCACGGGCUAAGUGAGGAACAGCCUCUGCGGCUGGGGCCAGGACUCGAGGUGUGGGCCACGCCGGGCCAUGGGGGCCAGCGGGACGUGAGCGUGGUGGUGGCGGGCACGACUCUGGGCACCGUAGCGGUGGUGGGCGAUGUGUUUGAACGUGAUGGGGAUGGGGACUCGUGGCAGGCCCUGAGUGAAGACCCAGUGGCCCAGGAGCGGAGCCGUAAGAGAGUCCUAGGCACUGCCGACGUGGUCGUGCCUGGUCACGGAGCCCCCUUCAAGGUGGUCAGGGAAGCCUGGAACCCAGAAACAAAGGGUCCAGGGAACAGCUGGCAGAGUCCCAUGGUCGGAAAUGAGGAUCCCACAAUGCAGGGAUGAGCUCUGGGAGAGACUGGGCUCUCCAACUCCCCAGCCAAAGAACUCACGUCUAGGAUAUGGAGGACCGAGUCAGCCAGAGCCGGGAGGCUGGUUUUCCGGCGAGGAUAGGGUGCUCUCACCGAUAUCACUUUUUGCGAACUAGUACCAAGGACUGGAUCAAAAUGCAUGCCACCUCUGGGGGCUUCAUUAAUAAAAUGGGAGAGUGUUCGUGGGAGAGUUGUCCCAAAUAAAAAUAGGAAACUACAUUGAAAGUCCUACUGCCCUAAUGUAAAUAUGAAGCAUGAAUAAUGACAAUCGUGCAGAUGUAAUCAGCAAAAGCAGAGAGGGACACUUUUUGGCCAGUUGCCUAUUUCUCAUGGGAUGCAGGUUGUUGAGAAAAGGUGCAGGGAGUAGAAGUAACACCGUAGUCACCUGACUUUAUUCAUUCAUUAAUUCAUUCAAUACAUACUUUAACUCCUGCAGUGUGUCAAGCAUUGCUCUAGGUUACUGGGCUACAACUGUGAACAAGUUAAACUCCCUGUCCCUCGUGGAUAUUACAUUCUAUUGAAAAAGGAGUAAACAACAACAGAAAUAGUAGUAAACCAAACAGUUACAGGUUGUGGUUAGUGAUACAAGAAAAAAGUAGGCUGAAAAGGGGUUAGGGCUGUGGGGUGGGAGAGCGGUCAGGGAGAUAAUGUUUAAUCAGUGAAUCGAAUGAGGAGAAAGGUGGCUGUAUAAGGAUCUGGGAGAGGGGCAUUCCAGGUACUGGGACAGCAAAUAAAAAAGAUGCUAUUGGGCAGGGGUAGGCUUGAGGUCAUCUCCCAGGUGUCCAUAAAGGCCACACAGAGGUCAGCAAAGGCAACUCGGAGGAGUUGGUUCACCUGGAGAGAGAACCAGUCUCUGCCAUUCACAGACUCACAGCGGUGUUGACUAAGGUGAUGAACACAAGAAUACAACCACAGCUGUUGAGAUCCCUGCCAGUCAUGAGAUGAAGAUGGAUGCAGGGAAGGUAGUAAAGUGGGCACCAGCAAGAUCAUGGUGUGGAGGCCCCUAGCCAGGUCCCAGACCUCGGAGUGUAGAGGCCACUGGUGUGUGAAGAGUAUACAGGGGCCAGCUGUGGGCCUGCCAGAGCAGUACAAUGUCCCCAAAGGGUCUCCAUAGCCAUCAGGGGCCCUGUCUGGUAUGUGGCAUGUAGAUAGAUCCACUGGCCUCCAGUAUGGAGGACAGGAGAGGAGAAGUAGGGUUGUUUAGAGCUAUGAACUCCUACCUUGAACAAAUGUAAUUCCAGUCCUGACUGACUUUCCAGAACAUAGGCAUUCUGCUCAUUACUCAGGCCUGGUCAUUUCAGGGCAACACAUCUCUUUGGCCACACUGUCUCCAGGAUGGGCAAGUCACCUAAACUAGUCCAGUCUUGGUAAUCUAAGGGUUUCUGCUAGAGCUAGUGGAAAAGAAUCUAGUUUUGUCCUGCAAGACUGACAUGGGAGAAUGGAUCAUCUUGCCACCUUGUCAGGACCACCAGCUGCUGCUGGGGCCACCAAAUGGAGACUGAGAAUGAAACUAAACAAAAGGGACAAAAUGAGCAGUUAAGAAAAAAAGACCUGAUGAGAAGUUGGUUUUUGGUUUGUUUUUUUUUUUAAGAUUUUAUUUAUUUUUAGAGAGAGGGGAAGGGAAGGUGGGAGGCAACAUUGUCUUUGGGACCAAAGCCAGACCAGACCCACAGGCACAGGAGGCAAAGGGAGUCAAACCUGCAACCUUUCACUUAGCAGGACAACACCCAACGAAAUGAGCCACACCGGUGGGGCCUGACGACAAGUUUGAGCCUGAAAGUCAGACCCACUGCCUAACUCAUCAGUCACCUGCACUGGCUGAUCAACUCCUUUCCUGCCUAAGCUGCUUUGACUGUGUUUUCAGUUGCUCGCAGCAAGACGACUCCUAAAAGGAUAUAAGCACUGGCAGAAAUGAUCCCUUAGAGGCAGUGAGGAUGGUGUGGAAAGAGGGCUGAUAAUAGGAGCAAAGCAGUGCUCAAGAUAUCAGGAGGCUGGGCCCAGAGUGUACUCUUAGAUGUUUCUUUCAAGGUUCUUUUUUGGUGAAAACCCUCUGGAAAACUUCAUCUGUAUGAGUAGAUUCCUCUACUUAUAAAAUAUUCAGUGACUCCACAUUACCUGCAGAAUAACCCAAACUGUCUCUCCUGGUCCUUUUCAAGUCAAAGUCUGCUCUGGUUUGGCCUUCCAGACAAGUCCACAGCCUCCUUUUCUCCUGCAGGCCUUUCUUCCUGUUGUCUCCCAGCUGUCUCCCAGCUGUCUCCCCUCUCUUCUCCACCAUCCAGACCAGCUCAGCUCAUCUACAGAAAACCCUCCCUGAUUUUUCCAACCCUAGUUUAAACUCUUGUAGUGCAGUCUCUAUAUUAUCCACUUAACAUUAGGUAAUGCCUGGUGUUGGUCUUUUUUUUCUGGAAAUGCCCUCUCCCCAUGGUUCUCCUUGAGAGCAGAAACUGUGCAAGGUACUUCUCUGAAUGCUCCAGAGCUCAGAGAUUUUGUCUAUAAAUGCCAUGAAAUAAAUACAUUCUAUUAUUCUGAUUUA